UCGAAUAGCAGCGCGCUGCGACGGCACAGAGCUGAACAGAGCGAGUGACGCAGUUCACUACAACGUAACGGACCGGACCGUUCGAUCAGGUUCUUCGUUCGCAUAGAGACACGAGUAAUUCGACGCCUAACUUGUAAUCCGGGAGACAGAGGAAGGACGCGAGGCAAUAUUCCGAUCAAGUGUUUUAGGAGACACACGAGGUAAAAAUGACUGAAGAACAGUGGGGAGUUGAUGACAUAUCGGACUUUCCUCAGGCUCCAGUAAAUAUGACCUUUGAAGGACGCGCACCUUGCUAUGGUAAAGGACGUGGGGCACUCUUAUUCAACAACAACGACACAGAUUGUAGUGUAGGAGGCUACAAUAAUAGCAAACAAUCAAACUAUAAGGAAAAUAAUGACAAUACUCACGAAGAUUAUGAAAAUAAAUAUAGUAAUAAAUUUGGAGGACGCAACAGACAACAGGAUAGUGAUGGACCGCGCUAUGGAAACAAUAGAGGAGGUGACAAUGAUCGUAAAUGGCAAGGUAAUCGGCGAAACCAGGAUGAUGACAAUGAAACUGAAGAUAACGGCUUUAAUGGAAACGAUAGAAGCGACAGACCUAGAAGAGAUAGAGAUGAUAGAGGUGGAAGAGGUGGAAGAGGCGGAAGAGGAGGUGGAAGAGAUGGUGGUUAUGGCAGAAAUAGGGAUAACGAUGAUAAUGAUUUUGAAGAUAGGAAACCUAGGAGAGAUAGAGAUGAUAGAGGUGGAAGAGGUGGCAGAGGAGGUCGAAGAGAUGGUGGUUAUGGCAGAAAUAGGGAUAACGAUGAUGAUAAUAACGAUUUUGAAGAUAGGAAACAUAGAGGAAACGAUGAUGAAUCGAAAGAAGAACCAAAGAAGAAAGAGAUUUAUAUUCCACCAGAACAACCAAAUGAUGAAAGUUCCUUAUUUGGGAAUGAAGUAACAAUGGGAAUAAACUUCGAUAAAUAUGACGAUAUCGAAGUAAAAGUGACUGGUGAAGGUGCACCUCGUCAAAUACAAUCUUUUGACCAAUCCGGCCUCAGAAGUAUUUUGUUGGAGAAUAUUAAAAAAUCAGGUUAUACAAAGCCUACUCCAGUUCAAAAGUACGCCAUUCCGAUUAUAAUGAGCGGCCGCGACGUAAUGGCUUGUGCGCAAACAGGCUCGGGCAAAACUGCGGCAUUCGUACUUCCAAUUCUACACUCGCUGUUGGAGAAUCAAAGAGAUUUAGUUAAAACGGGUUCUUCCUGCGAACCACACGCGAUUAUUAUAUCGCCUACACGCGAACUUACUUCACAAAUUUAUACACAAUUCAAGAAAUUUUCUUUGAACUCUAUCAUACGUGUCGAGGUGAUUUAUGGAGGAACAUCAAUUUCGCAUCAAACAAAUAAAGUAUUCAACGGUUGCCACGUUCUAGUCGCAACUCCAGGCAGACUAUUGGAUUUUAUUGGACGAGGCAAGGUUGUGCUUUCUUCCUUGCGCUUUUUUGUACUAGAUGAGGCUGACAGAAUGCUUGAUAUGGGUUUUCUGCCUGAUAUUGAAAAGAUACUAGAUCAUGAAACAAUGGUAGCUGCAGAAGAAAGGCAGAUGCUUAUGUUUUCCGCUACUUUCCCGAACGACAUACAAGAACUCGCUGGUAGAUUUUUACGAAAUUAUUUAUUCCUCGCAGUUGGGAUUGUCGGAGGUGCUUGCGCUGAUGUAGAACAGAUCUUUUACCAAGCAUCUGGUCAGCCUGAUAAGCGAAAAUUGCUCAAAGAACUGAUAGAAAAGCAAAACCAACUUGGUAGUAUAGAAGGUACUUUAGUAUUCGUUGCACAGAAAAGACAUACGGACUUCAUUGCCGCUUUCUUAUCGGAGAACAAUUAUCCCACUACAAGUAUCCAUGGAGAUAGAUUGCAAAGAGAACGAGAAGAGGCUCUAUCUGAUUUUAAGAAAGGAAAAAUGUCGAUUUUGGUAGCAACGGCGGUUGCCGCGCGAGGCUUGGAUAUUAAAAAUGUUUCGCACGUAAUCAACUUUGAUUUGCCACAAACGAUAGACGAAUAUGUUCAUAGAAUUGGACGAACUGGUAGAGUUGGAAAUCGAGGAAAAGCAACUUCAUUUUUUGAUCCAAAUUCUGACACGGCUCUCACUGGAGAUUUAAUUAAAAUUUUAAAACAAGCUGGUCAACCGAUACCUGAUUGGUUAGAAUCUGGCGGCGGUGGAGGAAGCGGAAACUACUUUAUGCCAGGAAAGGGCAGAAGAUUUGGCGGAGAAGAUAUCAGAGGCAACAAGAAUGCAUACGGAGGUGAAUGCGAUGAUGUUGGUUAUGCACCUCCUACACCAGCAGAACCGGAAGAACAAUGGUAGAUUAAAUGCUUUAUUUUUUUUUUUUUUUUUUAUUUAAAAAGUAUGACAGAUUCUAUCGGGAUUAGUGAUGGUACAAAUCAAGGUUUUUUUGAUGCCGAAUUGAAUCGAAUGUUUCAUUGAAAUUUUUAAUAACAAUUAUUGUUAGGUUAAAUUUUAAUGAUUCAAUUCAUACUCAAAUAGUUAACGACGUUUCUCUAGGAUUAUAUGCAAAAGUAUAUGAGCAAUGAUGACUAUUUGUUUUCGUUUUCUUUUUCUUUAGUUGUCUAUAUAUCGUUCUUUUAUCAAAGUUUUCAUUUCUUACAAUAUGAUAGAAGGGAUGUAUGAUGCAUUUGAACUUAUAUUCUACCUCAUAGAUAAAGACUCGAUAGGUUGAAGUAAUUAAGUUUUAAAGUGUAUGGAGCAUUUUUAAUUACUUUGUAUAAAACUAAAAGUUAUGUAGUUAUUAAAAAAAAAAAUAAUAAUUUGCCCAGUGACAAUAAUUACGAUUUAAUAAUUUUUUCCUCUUAAUUCAAAUAUAUCAGUCUUCAUAUAAGUAUAUUACUGACAAAUAUAUCGAUCUUAAUGUAAGUAUAAAUAACUCUUUGAUAACGGUAUUAAGUUUCAAAAUACAGAUAAUCUCGUGGGAUAUAAUUUCAUAAAAUAAAAUGUAUAAUUAA